AGAACCGUGGCGACGGGAUCCGAGAUGAGGCAGUCUACACCUCUAUGUGUAAGCGCGACCUUGGCGGGAAGAGCCUAGUUUGAAUAUGUACGACGUAUGAUCUUUGCAACGUAGUAGCAUCCUUGGGCUAGGCUGCAGCGAUACCAAAGAGAAUACCAAUAAUCAAGGCGUGACUCACUACGUCUGCUUUUCUUUUCCUUUUUCUUUCUUUUUUGACGUGUCCCUUCUCUGGUCGAGCAGGACAAUUGCACAACUAACUCGCCACCUAAUUUUGCCCUUCAUCAACCUACCCCGGGCGCGACAACACCACGCUAGAAUCGCUGACCGGGAUGCUUGCUCCCUACACACCGAUAGCCGUCGCGGCCGUGCUCCUCGCCGUCGCCGCAACCACCGCUCGCGCGGCCAUCCCGCCAAUCACGGGCCGCGACUUCGACUUCAGCGUGUCCUAUGAAUCAGGGAUCGAGUUCUUGACGACGGCGCCGCCGGCGGACAUCCUGCCGGCCGAGGACGUCGUGCGGCGAAUACCGCGGCUUGCGCUGACGGACCCGGACGCGGCGGGCGCGGGCCGCGACGCGCUGUACCUCGCCUUCGUCGAGGUGACCCGGCUGCCGACGGUCCCGGGGCCCGACGAGCUCAUCUACGCGUUUCCGUGGAUCCAGUCGGACUUGCGGGUCGCGGCGGACGGGACGCUUGAGCUGCCUGUCUUUAGCUCGCGCGCGAGCCGGAACCCGACGCCGUUCGACACUGGCGAAGUCCGCAAUGCUACCCUCCACGUCUGGCGCCAGACCCCUGAGCUCCUUGCCUUCAUCGACGAUAGCGACUGGCCCGUCUUCUGGCAGGUCGCCCGAGUCUGGUCCAACUCCACCGCCAAGGUCUCGUACGACUUCUCCCGCGCGAACGUCGACUUCAAGACCCGCAAUGCGACCGCCCCGCCUCCUGACGACGUCAACGAGAGCGCCGCCCCCGCAGAGGAGAGCCGCACGUCCACCGCGGACUCGUCUUCGAUAGGGUGCCCGGCGGCUAACACGUCGGCUACUCCCAGCGAGACUUCUAGCGAGACGGGAACCGGAGGUGACUCGGCGGCUGCGACGACGACUGGCGCAGAGGCCCCUACUGAGACCCCCCUGGGGAGCUCUGCCUCUCAACUGUCCUUAUUAUUGACUCCUAUAUCAAUGGUCGCUUCCGCCAUACUAUUCUUCACUUGGGCCAUUUGAACAGCCUCAGACACGGCAUAGGGUGUGUCCGCUCCCUUCGCCCGGCGAUGAUCUACCCUGAAAGGGCCCUCUCGACGCCGAGAAAUCGGGUCGAACAAGUCUCCAAUCCACAUACAUCCGAGUAUGUAACGAGAGAGGGCUGUCACUAAGAGAUCGUGGUUGAUGUCCUGUUAGACACCGCUGGACCUUUAUUCACCUCACAUGGCCUUGCUGGUGUGAUUAAGGUGAAACCUCGACCAUUAGAUACCGCGAGCUGGUCACCGGCCGAAACAUCCACCGUGGAUAGUCACAAGCACGCACUUGUCGUUAUUCGUUAUGACCG